AUGGCAGCGACACUCGAUUCCACAUUGUCCUACCUGCUGGACGAGGCCAGUCGUCGUCACUCAGAGGCCGGCAGCGAUGACGAUGAGCAUGAAAACGCUUCCUCAUUCUUCCAACAUUAUAAAUCUCACUUGGACCAUCUCGACGUCUCAUCCAAGAAUAGGCUUUUGCACCAACUGCUCUGCGUCCGCCCACCAAGUCCACGUCUCCCCGACGAGGUUCUCCCACACAUCGAUUCACUUUUUAACGGCAAGAAAUCCAGCCGUAUUCUAAUUCAAUCACAGUCUCUGCCCCCCAUCAAGGUCGUCAAGCGGACCUCUCGGCCUGACGUUAAAGUCACACUCUGGAGAGGAGACAUUACCACUCUGGCCGGGGUUACAGCGAUUACAAAUGCAGCCAACGGCCAGAUGCUCGGGUGUUUCCAGCCGUCGCACCGGUGUAUUGACAAUGUGAUUCACUCAUUCGCGGGUCCUCGCCUACGGGAUGAGUGCUUCGAUACAAUGAACAGCGCCAGAGGUGGAAGAAACGUACCACCGGGCGAGGCCAUUGUAACGAAGGGAUACGCACUCCCGAGUCCCUUUGUGAUUCAUACUGUUGGGCCUCAACUCAAUCGAGGGGAAAGCCCAAGCGAAAAGGAGAUAUCACAGCUCCAAUCUUGUUAUAGGUCCGUUCUCAAUGAAAUCGAGCGCUUGCCUGGCGACGACGAUGGCCGGAAGGCGGUUGCAUUGUGUUGCAUUUCAACGGGUCUGUUCGCUUUCCCUGCAGAGCAAGCGGCCGAGAUCGCUGUGAAUGAAGUCAAUGCAUGGCUUGAAGAGCACCAGGAGACGUCAAUAACUGACGUGAUAUUCAACGUCUUUACUGAAUCUGACCACGAGAUUUACAAGAGCAUCUUUGCCAAGCUCGGCAAUGUCGAGUCACAGACCCUGGGCAUGCCAUUGCCCUCUAUACAAUCAGAGUCGCUUUCCAUCGCUCGCCAGUGGCUGAAUUCGGCGGAUGCUGUGCUUGUAACAGCAGGGGCAGGAAUCUCCGCAGCAGACGGGCUCGACUACACAUCAACAACUCUCUUUGCCAAACAUUUCCCUGGGUUUCUCAAGUACGGUCUGCGCAGACUCUACGACGUCUUUGGGUUCACCGAGUGGCCAUCCGAGAAGGACCGCUGGGGCUACUACUUCACCCACCUCAACAUGGUACGGAACUGGCCGGCAUCCCCCAUGUACGAUUCCCUGAUCACCUGGCUCGCCCGGUUCGGCGAUGACUCCCAUGUAAGGACAUCCAAUGCGGAUGGGCUAUUCUUGGCAAACGGCCUACCUGAGGAGAGGCUCUCCACGCCCCAAGGGGCCUAUGCCGUGCUUCAGUGUAUGGACAACUGUAGACCCGAGGCCACAGUACCCUCGCUACCCUUGCUGAAAGAUGCAGAGAAGUUUUUAGAUCCGGUCACCCAGAGGCUGAAUAACACAGAGAAGAUCCCCAUAUGCCAGUUCUGCGGCGGCAAGAUGUUCAUCUGCGUGCGGGCCAGCUCCAAGUUCAAUGAGAGGCCCUUUGCGAAAGGAGAGGCCCAGUGGCGAAGUUUCCGUAGGCGAGUCAUGGAAGACGAGAAAAAGUCCGUGGUGAUACUCGAGCUGGGCGCGGGAAUGAACACACCAGGCGUGCUGCGUUGGCCAGACGAGAAGCUGGCAGAGCGGUCCGGGGGGCGGGUGAAACUGGUACGUGUUGGAAUGGGUCUGGAUGCAUCUGUUCCUGGAGAGCUGGAGGCAGUCGGUGCGGGCGUUGCCAUUGAUGGUGACAUAAAGCUCGCCCUAUCUUUCUUGCUGCAGGGUCAGUCGUUGACGAGGGUCUCUUGA